UAUGGUGGUAAGUGGGGUUAUAAACAGUGAGAAGGAAGGGGGGGUCCCAAUUAGAAUUUAUUGUUUCCAUUUCUCACAUAUCCGUUUUGUUUUGUAUUUUAAAUUUACAUUAGAUGUUGUUCUGAAAUCUCAUGGCAAGUUUAGACAUGAUGUACAACUCCACCAAACAAAAGGGUCAUCAUCAUAAUAAUAACAACAACAAUAAUCAUCAUUGUGCUCCAAUGAGUCCAAGAAUCUCCUUCUCAAAUGAUUUUGUUGAUAUCCAACAAGCCAUGAAGCAAGAAAGAAGCAUUAGAUCAGAAACAAACACACCUGUUUCUUCAGAUUUUGAAUUUUCUGUCACAAAUUACUCUAUGAUGAGUGCUGAUGAACUUUUCUCAAAAGGAAGAUUGUUGCCUUACAAGGAUAAUUGUAACAAUAAGAUGCAAAGGGUUACCACUACUCUUAAGGAAGAGUUGCUUAAUAAUGAUGAUGAAUAUGAUACUUUUUCUUUAAGGCCUCCUAAGGGUAGGUGGAAGGGACUAUUGGGUCUAAGAAAAAGUCACAUUGGGUCAAAGAAGGUUGACAAGACUGAAGCUUCUCAAAUUACAAGGCCUAAUGAUGGACCUCCAUUUAAUUUCACUUCUCAGGAGCUGGUGAAUGAAGGAAGCUCAAGUUAUUGAGAUUUGGAAUUUGGCAUAUAAGUUAAUUAAUGGCUGAAGGAAGUGUUGAAUUUGUAGAGGAAUGGACCAAAUUUUUUUCUCUUUCUUUUUGUUUUUCCUUGUCUUGUCGACAAGGUGGAGAAAAAGGAAGGUCAUUUUCUCUUUAUUUUAACUUUUUCAUGAUUGGAUUUGUGUUAGGAUUUUGCUUGUCAAUUUGGAUUCUUGUAAUUUCUCUUAGAUCCCUUAGGAAUUAGGAUCUGGGUAUUUUGCUGUACAAAUUAUUUGCUUCUAGUAUUUAUGUAUUUGACAACUUUUUUAUGCCAAAAGAAAAAUCUCAUUUAUUCUUAGCCUUUUCA